CUUCCGCCUUUGUUGUGCGCGUGCGUCUUUCGCGCGCCUGACUUUGGACAGAAGCCGCCUCAGGUUGGACUUGGACUGGCUGCCAUCUUAGGCGAGGAGCCGUCGCCUUUCUCGCUGGUUCAUGUACCUUCCUGUGGUAUGGCUGGCAAUGGGUCAAAUUCAGAGCCUAUCAGUGGACUAACUAUGAAAUCACAGCUUCAGAUCACUGUUAUUUCUGCGAAGUUGAAAGAAAACAAAAACAAAUGGUUUGGACCCAGCCCUUACGUGGAAGUCUCAGUUGAUGGACAGUCAAAGAAAACAGAAAAGUGCAACAAUACUAAUAGUCCAAAAUGGAAACAACAUCUUACAGUAAUUGUCUCACCUGUCAGCAACCUGUGCUUCCGUGUAUGGAGUCACCAAACAUUGAAAUCUGAUGUCUUAUUGGGAAGCGCCACUCUAGAAAUUAAAGAGACUCUCAAAGCAAACAAUAUGAAACUUGAACAAGUGGUGGUGAAUAUGAUGCUUAUUGGUGACAAAGAAUCAACUGACGGGAUUGGAGAGUUGUCUGUCUGUUUAGAUGGCAUGCAGGUAGAUCCUGAGCUGCUGAGUAAUGGUGAUGCUUCAAGCAGAAGAAGUCCUGUGCAGAAUGAUGGCUCCAGGGCAAAAAAUGAAACAAGGAACAACACAAAUGGUCCUGAAAGCUGUGAGUCUCCCGGGUCCAGUGACAGCAGAGCAUCUAAUGGCAAUGAUUCUCCAUUAAUUGCAAAUGGCGGUUGUAAGCCUGCUAGACCGCCUAGACCAUCUCGGCCACCUCCACCUACUCCACGUAGACCCUCUGCUCCACCUGCAUGUGUCAAUGGUACUUCCUCCACAGAAUCAGAAGGGGCUAGUGCAGGAUUGGUGCCAACUACAAGUUCAGCAUCGGAACAAAACUCAGAGGGAGCAACAGCAGUAACCGGUGCUCCUGCAGCAGCUGCUUUGGCCACACCACCAAUAUCCAGACAAGUUCAGCCAGUAACUCCAGCUUCACAGCCACAUCACACAGUUAGUCAAGGUCCUCUUCCACCUGGCUGGGAACAACGAGUGGAUCAACAUGGCCGAGUAUAUUAUGUAGAUCAUGUUGAAAAAAGAACUACAUGGGAUAGGCCAGAACCUCUUCCCCCAGGCUGGGAACGUCGAGUUGACAACAUGGGCCGGAUUUACUAUGUUGACCAUUUCACCAGAACAACAACCUGGCAGCGGCCAACUUUGGAAUCUGUCCGGAAUUAUGAACAGUGGCAACUUCAGCGCAGCCAGCUUCAAGGAGCUAUGCAACAAUUUAACCAGAGGUUUAUAUAUGGGAAUCAAGACUUCACACAGAACAAAGAAUUUGAUCCUCUUGGUCCCCUGCCACAUGGAUGGGAAAAGAGAACAGACGCCAAUGGCAGAGUAUAUUUUGUCAAUCACAAUACACGCAUCACACAGUGGGAAGAUCCCAGAAGCCAAGGUCAAUUAAAUGAGAAACCUUUGCCAGAGGGCUGGGAGAUGAGAUUCACUGUAGAUGGAAUUCCAUAUUUUGUGGAUCACAAUAGAAGAACAACUACCUAUAUCGAUCCUCGUACUGGGAAAUCGGCUCUAGAUAAUGGACCCCAGAUAGCAUAUGUUCGUGAUUUCAAAGCAAAGGUCCAAUACUUCCGGUUUUGGUGUCAGCAAUUGGCCCUGCCCCAGCACAUUAAAAUCACAGUGAGCAGAAAAACAUUGUUUGAAGAUUCAUUUCAGCAGAUAAUGAGCCUCAGCCCUGCGGACCUACGAAGACGUUUGUGGGUCAUUUUCCCUGGAGAAGAAGGAUUAGAUUAUGGAGGUGUUGCACGGGAAUGGUUCUUUCUGUUGUCGCAUGAAGUGCUGAACCCAAUGUAUUGCCUGUUUGAAUAUGCAGGAAAGGAUAACUACUGCCUACAGAUAAAUCCAGCUUCUUACAUCAAUCCAGACCACCUGAAAUACUUCCACUUUAUUGGCAGAUUUAUUGCCAUGGCUUUAUUCCAUGUGAAAUUUAUAGACACGGGUUUUUCUCUACCAUUCUACAAACGUAUCCUCAACAAGCCAGUAGGACUAAAGGAUUUAGAAUCUGUAGAUCCUGAGUUUUACAACUCACUCAUCUGGGUAAAGGAAAACAAUAUUGAGGAAUGUGGCCUGGAGAUGUAUUUCUCAGUUGAUAAGGAAAUUCUAGGUGAAAUAAAGAGCCAUGAUUUGAAACCCAAUGGCAGCAACAUCCUGGUUACUGAGGAAAAUAAAGAGGAAUACAUUAAGCUAGUGGCAGAGUGGAGACUUUCCCGGGGUGUUGAAGAGCAGACACAAGCUUUCUUUGAAGGUUUCAAUGAGAUCUUACCACAGCAGUACUUGCAGUACUUUGAUGCAAAAGAGCUUGAGGUGCUUUUGUGUGGAAUGCAAGAGAUUGACUUGACUGACUGGCAAAGGCAUACCAUCUACCGACAUUAUACCAGAACAAGCAAGCAAAUAAUGUGGUUUUGGCAGUUUGUGAAGGACAUAGAUAAUGAGAAGAGGAUGAGACUACUACAGUUUGUUACUGGAACAUGCCGAUUACCAGUUGGAGGAUUUUCUGACCUCAUGGGGAGUAAUGGACCCCAGAAGUUUUGUAUUGAGAAAGUUGGCAAAGAAAACUGGUUACCUAGAAGCCAUACCUGUUUCAACCGCUUGGACUUGCCACCAUACAAGAGUUAUGAACAACUGAAGGAAAAGCUGUUGUUUGCAAUAGAAGAAACAGAAGGAUUCGGGCAAGAAUAACAAUUGGGGAGAAUUUGCACCUGAAGAACGUUAAGUCAUAUAUGGUGUGAGUUCUUCACUGCCUCUGCUAGUUGCACUUCUUACUGUAAACAGGACUUGACCUUGAUUUAUUUAAACAAUUGCUAGUGUGUAAGUAAAUGGAUGUUAUCCUGCCAUUUUAUUCCCACUAAUUAUUGAUUUCUCCUGAGUCCCUUUGCGAAAUCCAAGAAUGAUACAACUAUAAAUGAAAUCUUCCCUAACCAGAGGCUUCCUGUACUUCUGGGAUUCUGUCCUGGGUCAUGUUCAUUAACUGGAAUGUGUUCUUGAUUUUUUUUAAAAAGUUACUCUGCUAUAGUAGCAUCCUUUUGCUGCUGCACCACCCAUCCUAUUGCUAACAGUGCUUCCUUGCAAUCAGACUCCGGAGGUGCUGUAAACAGAUCCAUUGCUUAUGUUAACUGUUUCUUACCCAAGUGAGAUCUAACUGUGUUUGCCUUCCAAACUUUAUUCCCGCAUCACCUCAGUUCAAGCUGCAGAGUAGGACCUGAAAAGCUAAUGCACACUUACAGAGCAUAGCACUUUUAUUUAUUUAACCAUGAUGAUCACAUUCCUCAGGUUUAUCCCUACAUUUGAAUGUGCUUCUUCAAAUUCAUAGGAAUUUUAACUUAUUCUUGACUAAUUCUCAACUUUAGGAGCGAAUUUAAAAGAGAAUACAAGGUCUCUUUAAAAGGCAGCAGCUGGAAUUCAUUUCCAGUCCUGUUUGUAGGCGAAUGCCUGAAAUGAACAACUCUUUGUUUUCCUCUGAACGAGGGAAUAUCACUUCCAAGUAGUGGCUGAAUCAUUGCCAUGAAACCGCCACUUUAAUUUCUCUGGGGCUGCAAUCCUGUGCACAUUUGCUUGGAAGUGAACCUCACUGAGCACAGUGAAACUUACUUCUGAGUCAACAUGCAUUGAAUUGUAUUGUAGGAAAUGGAUGUGCAAUAGUGGAAUUCUUGAAAGAAUCCAAAUUUUACAUAGGAAAACCCACCCAGUAACCCUUUAGAGGAUGGAGACUGUGCAUCUUCUAGGCUAGCACUCUUGAGCAGCUUCUUACAGGCAGCUUGUGCUGCCCUUGUUUUUAAAUCUGAUUUGCGCUUCAGUUAUUUAUAUUAUCACAAUUUCAAAACUUCCAUCGUAGCUUACAACAGUACUUAAACUACACUCCCAGUUUUGGAACGAAAGCACUUUGUUCUUUACCCCAGCUUGGCUGCCUUGUAUCCUUUCCUCCAGGUUGUUAUAAUUCCAUGGUGUGCAUGCAGCUGUGAAAUGGGAGAAGUGAUGAUAUUUGAACCGGCAGUAGUGCAUGUUGAUAACUAUAUACUUGCAUUGUUUUGCUGUGCGCAGGCAGCAAAGUUUGAAAGCUUGCCGUGACAGUUGAAGAUCAAACAUUUUUGUCUUGGUAACAAAUAUCAUCUUCCCCAUCCAGACUUGGAGGGGUGGGGGCAAGGAGGGGGGAGACUUAAUUCAGGGCUAUUGAAAGCUAGUGGGCUCAACCAUUUUUACAACUGUCCGACUUUAGGACUCUUCUGUGAAGUAAUAUAAACAGCCCAUUUCCCCUUGGCUGGAGCUUACAAGAAGAGGGUAAUAGAACAUGCUCUCCUUUUCCUCCCUUUCACUGUGUCUUCUAAUAUAUAUAUAUACGUAGAAGUUUUCCCCUUACACAAAUGGCCUACUGCUUCUGUGGGUAGAGGACGCAUGUGUGAAUGCUGGAGAUAUGUCUACCUAUGCCACCUAUCAGAAACCUGAUGGGUGUAUUAGAAAUAUAGCUUACGGAGGAGAAAAAGCCUUAGAAAUAUUUUGUUUAUUGAUUUUAAUACAUCUUAGUUAACUAACAUUUACAAUACAGAAAUGAAAUGAAGUAACCAAGAGUAAGCUAUGGAAAAUAGUCUGUUCUCCAUAAUGGCUCAUGAUUUGUUUAGGGACCUAGGAAUAUUGUUAAUGUAUAAAUAUCAUUCAAAAGGCUUUCUGCCCUAUAUUUUUAAAAUAAAGAGUAGUUCUAAUUGAAAUAGCUGAAGCCCUAGUUCUAUAGGGCGCAAGGCUGUUUAAUAUUUUUAUGGCUCAGAUGUUUAGUUCAGGAAAAAGUAAAAGCUUGUAUAUAUUUUUGCAGUCUGGGGGUCUAGCUUCUUCAAUUUAUUUUAAUUUAAAUGGCAUGUUUAUUUGUCUUUACUGCUGUAUUACAUGGGUAAUGGGGGCUGGAUAUCCCAAGCACAAGAAAGUAUUUUGAACACUCAAAACUGAAGAUAUUUAAGAAAUGGAAUCUUGACCAUGAAGUAUUGUUAAAAGAGAUUUGUUGUUAAGCAUUAUGAUUGCAAUAUUUCUAAGAUCAGAAUGAAAACUUACUUUUAAAGUCCCUUUGCAUUGUAAAUUCUAAAUUCUGUUAUUUUUAUGCCAUGUAAUGUUGCAAUAAUAAAAAGUAAUUUGAGCAGUCGGCACACUCUUCUCAUUGUGGGAACCUGGGAGACUUGUGGAAGCACAGUUUGGUUUGAUGGGCGACGGACUGAAAUGAAUUGGAUUGCAACAAGUCCUUUCUGCAAAUAUUAAGACUUUUCUGCUUCAAACAGCUUCGACAGCAUGUGGACAGCAAUAACCACAUUCUGCUGCAUGCAUGUGAUAACAUCACAAUCUGACUGGAAACAUUAAUCAGUUAUUUGAAUUUUUGCCUUAUGAAAGUACGUACUUCAACCUACAGAUCUUAAUUUUUUCUAAGCCUUAUCUUUCUGGAAAGCUCAGGAUAGGUUGUAUGGAAUUUACAUUUCCAGUUUUUAGUGUGUAAGGUUUCAUGAUCAGCCAUUUUCAUUGUGUAGAGCUCUUGAUUCAUAUUCAUCAUAAAUACACACUACAGUGGGGUUUGAAUUGAAGCUCCAUUCAGUGCAUUGGUAUCUCCAGCUCCUUUUGUGAUGGUCUGUCACGUCGUCGUCCCCCUUUGCCCCCCUGGAAUCAUUGUUAUGCAUAUGUGCCCUAGCUAACUAGUUUAUGAACUGGGAUCAGAGGCACUGGAUUGUAAAAUACUGUACUGGAAUCCCAUUGUUAAAUUUUCCUUGAACUGUAAUUUCCAAUACUCAGGUAACUGUAAAAGUCUCUCACCAAGUCAAACUUUUAUAAAAGUACUGAAAAGCU